AUGGGUUCUCUCCACUACAUCCAUGUCGCGUUUAUUCGGGCUUUUACAGCUCGGCCCACGCUACCAUCAAUAGCUAGAUCACUUCCAAAGUCUCGGACUUUUUCGAUUGCUCCCCCAAAAUCGUCGACGAUUGACUCAGUGCACUCCUCGGAGCUGAGGAACUGUGUCUUCGUCACGUUCAGCAGGAGUCCGUUUUGCGCCAGCACUUCCUGCUAUUUCUGCAGCUUUCCUGUCCAGAGAUCGAUGGGGCUAGCCGUUCUCUCUAAUUGAGGGCUGUUCUUUCGGGCGAAUUUUUGUUUAGGAGUCUGUCGAAGUCCCUCUAUCUACACCUGA